UCAAAACUACAAAGCGAAAGAACUACACAGAGGCAUCAAACGCGAGGAAAGUUAAGGCGUCUGACCUAUUUUUCGUGACCCGAAAGUAAAACCAGCUUCUGUGCAAAGUUGUUGGGGUUUUUUUCUCCACAGAAACCAAAGGUGCAGUAGAAGGAGGAGUGAAAUUACGACCGUGCUGUGAGAACUUCUCCCUUGUGCCGUCGACGCAGUUGAACCUCGACACAAUCAGGAAGUCCGGGCAUUUUUCCCGUGAUUGAGACACAAAAGUUGAAUGAACUGUGGACACGACGCCGUUAAAGGAUACAAAACAAUGAGUUAACACGGUCUUCGAAGCUCACAUUUAGCGUGUUGAUGUAGUUUAUUUCACUAUUGCGAGUCUGGGGCGGAUCUUAUUCGGGCUUCUUCGAGCGGAACACCUGGAUUUUCACUCCGCGGGUGAGAGAUGGAUGCUCCUCACCUCACUGAAGACGAAAUGGCAGAAAUUAAGAAAGAUGUGCUGACCAGGAUGAGGCACUACCUCCGCGACAAGAUCAGAGCAGAUCGCCACCUGGACUUCCUGCGUUCCCGAAGGAUCCUGUCACGAGACGAUGCCGAGGAGAUCAGCUGCUGGAGCACGCAGGGCAAGAGGACGGCCGCGCUGCUGGACCAUCUGGCCGAAAACCCACGUGGCCUGGACGCCUUGAUCGAAUCCAUCCGGGAGACGCGCACGCAAAACUUUAUCAUCGCCAAGAUCACAGAUGAGGUGCAAAAGGCCAAAAAUGAAAGGAUUGAGUCUCUCAGAGCUGCAGCAGCCUCCAGUUCAUCAUCUGACAGCACCUGUAGCCCAACGACAACAACCACCGACCUCCCUACAUUUUCAAACAACUCCACCCUCCUGUUCCACCCAGAUGGAGAGCGAAGCCCUUCCACGUCGGACAUUGCGGGUUCACUCAACGUGCCAUCGUUACAGAAGUGCGAGGACCUGCCCUCCAUGGCUGGUGCUAGCAUCAGCAUAGCUUCCUCCACAACCUCAUCCAGCCUUCCCAAGCCAGGAGACCCGGGAGCUCCUCCGCUACCGGAUGAGGCAGUGGCGGAGCCCCCAUCCAACAUAGAGGGCACAGCAUCAGGGUGCACCAGCAGUGGCGGGGACCCAAAUUUCCAGCCCCUCCGGUCACGCUCGCUCACUCCAACAUCACACAGGAACAUCUUUUAAGUUUAUGUCUCAUCAAGACAGUUCUCAUGCAGUUAAAGGGACACACUGACAGAACCACUCAAAAUAACAAACACUCUCAUUGUCUGGUGUAGUCUAGCCAGCCAUAUCCAUUACUUUGUGAAAACUGUCUCUCGUAUAAUUGGUCUUGUACCCGGCGAACUUGCAGCCAUUUGCAUCGGUACGAAAUGUACCAAACCAGUUGGAAGGAGACGGCGAUGGGCUUUAUGUUAUGACUGGCAGGGGGGGGGGGGGCCGUCCAAGAGCCACUAUUCAAAACAAACAAGAAUGGCUGCAGAAUUGACCCUUUGUCAAGCCCCACUCCUGUUGCUAGGUCGGACACAACUGUCAUCUCUCCCGUCCACUACCAUUGUAAAAACAGGGUUUUACAUCACUUUAUUUCUAAUGAAUGUACCAAAGAAAAUCAACAGCAACUAGAUAUAAAUAAAAAGGAACACUUCGGGUACCGUGUACUGAGUUUAAAAAACUGAGGUUUUCGGCAAAAACUAGAUCUUUUGAUUAGUUUAGCUGAUAGCAUGGUGGAAGAGUUGAACUGUGAGUGUGGCCGUCCACAUAGCUUUAUCCAAAGCAGACAUUUUUCAUGAUUUACCGUUGGUUUUGGGGUAAAAUGUAUUCCUAUGAUCGUCUCUGGGUAGCUAAUGUGUCUUUUACAAGUGCCCCAAGCACACCGCUUAACCAUUGUAAGAUAGCCGACUUUGUUUUGGUAAAACGGAUCAUUUUUCUGCCAGUUUGGGGAUAAAAGAUACGCUGCACCCUCACUACCCUGUGCGCAGUGUGUUCCUUUUUACUAAUAUAAAGGUUUUAAAAGAUAAUCCAGUGAUUUAAAUUUGGAUACAAGGCAAGUAAAAACUACGCUUUUUCCAUUGAUGUGAACGAGAGAGACGGGUAUUUUGUCCUACCGGAUAUCCUGCCCCAGAUGUAGCAAGGAGAAGGAUUUUUCUGAUUGAUCAGUCAGGGACCAAUCAGAAGGCUGACCAAUGGUCAAUUAUUAAAAACUGUUUGGAUAAACAGGUUGUUACUGCAAAAUGAAAUUCUCCAGCGUUCGUUUUCCACUGGAUUGGAUGUUUUUUGUUGUUAUUAGUCUAGUAAUGAAGGUGUCUGGCCAGGCUAUGCGUGAUGUUACUUAUGCCAUUGAUUUGUCUGUUUGUGAGAGACUGCUACAUCAUUUUUCUCACUAUACCUGUCAAUAUUUUCAAGAUAGAAGAGGGACACUUUGUCACAUAAUGUGAAACACUUUGUGAGCAUUCUCUGAGAAAAGUACUACAUAAAUACAUUUUACUUACUUAGUUAAAUAAGGUUUGAUAGUUUUUGAUAUUGUUGGCAAAUUAUUACCUUAUUUUGGCAAAUGAUCACCUUAUUUUGAUAUGAUGUCAACAUUGGACUUGGGGGGGUGGCAUAUUGAUUGUAACUGAAUAAUGCAGCAUUUAUAAAGUAAAACAACAUUUUGUUCUGAAAUUAUGUCAAACACAGUACAAAGACUUUCAGUAUGUGUAUGUGACUUGGGAAAAAUUACAUUUUUGAUAGUAAUCAGUCACAUUAUGGCAGUGCCCAGAAUGUGUCAUGGUUUCCAUCCUGCUAAGUCUUAAGCUCAGAAAAUAUGAAUCACCAAAGGUGUUAUUGUUUUCACAAGGUGAGAAAAUACAGUUGCCGCAAUUUAGUUUGUACACUGGAAUGACUACUUGAACUCAUGUGUAUUGAAUUUGAAGAUUCAGAUUACAUUUUCCAUCUUAUUCUUUGCAUUAAGUUAACAAGAAUUUGCUUCAGGUUUUGACGCUGUGAGUCUUGAAUGACAAAACAGCACGCACAAACACAAACUAUGUCCUGCUUAUGUUUUCAGUCAAUGAUCAUGUACCUGUUCGAAAGUAAAGGUUUUAUAUAUAAAGAAAGAAAAAAA